UCUGCGCGAGUCCCCGGCGAAAGAAAGAGCCAAAAGGUCACACACUCAUCACAGAGUGAUGCGCGCGAAAAUUGCCAUUGAUCGCGUGCUGAUAAAAAGCGCGCGAAAGUGAAACCUUGACAACGCAGACCUGUCAAAAUCAACCAAUUAGCAUCAAGAUAAAAACCUCAACAACCAAUGAUAAUCAGGACAUGCUCGGGCAAGUUCAUGAACUUUUCAAGCUUUCAAUUUCCGGACAGAUGCGUAUCGCUUCCGUUGCUUGGGAGAACUUCAGCUGGAGCCAAACUCAGAAGGACAUACACACUCCUCGCUCCGUCUCUUCACCGGAUCAGAAACGCAAGUCAGCUUCGAUCCUGCGGGUUCGAAAACUUGAACAAGAAAAUCCAUGCAUGUGAGGUGAUGCGAGCGAGGUGAAGUGACUGAAGGAGGGCUAGUGGAUGGUAAUGGAUGGGGCCUUGCUGGAACAGAAGGCUUGUGGGAUACUGAUUGCGCCACAGUGUGACAGUUCCGACAAUGAGCAAGGAAAUUUUUAUAGCAGCCCUAAGAAGCCAUACAGGAAACGGAAAAGGGAAUCUUUGUCAGAUGUUUUUGGUGUAAAAGGCAGUUACAGUCCUCAUCGGCAGAUUCCAUGGUGCUUGGGGUUCAGGUCAGCAGGAGCAUCAGAGAGCGAAAGCGACCUGUCGGAGCAAUCCAACACGGUGUACUUUGUCAAAGGCUAUGAUUCUGCUGUGACUGCCACUGUAACUGACUCUGAGGACGACCUGUUUUUUCUCAGUGAAACAGUGGAAUAUGAGCCACCUGAUUCUGAUAGUGAUGACGUAGAAGAAGAGGAAGAGGAAGAUGAAGAAGAUGACAUUGUUAUUAGCUCAGACGAGGAAGAUCCCGGCGCUGAAGGUGGAGACGAAUAUGAAGGUGACAGGGAGUCUGAUUCUGAAAUUGACGAAGAUGACUUGUGGGCAUGCUCACAAUGUAACUUGAAAAACCAUCCAAUGUCACGCCAGUGUGCUCGUUGCUGGACUGAGAGACAUGAGUGGCUUCCGCACUUGAAAAGCAGGUUGGCUUCAGAACCUGCCAUGAAUUUGUCAAGAGUAACAGACAUGCCUAGGUCGCCAUCCCUCCAAAAAUCAUCAUCACUUGCUGUUGCACCAAUGAUAGAAAAUCCUUGCUCAUCAUCAUUAGAUUUAGUGACACUCAAGCAACAAGACAAUUCUGAUUCAUUUGUUACAGGUUCCUCUGCAUCAGCAGAGGGGAAUUCUCAAGGACAAUCACAUUCCACAAGACAAGUAUCAAGUACUGAAAAUGCUGAACAGACUAUAACACAACACUCUGAAACUAAACCCUCUGAGCCAGCUUUUACACCAGACUUGUGCGUCAUUUGCUUGACGCAACCUCGAAAUGCAAGCAUUGUUCACGGACGUACCGGUCAUCAAGUAUGCUGCAUUGGUUGUGCAGAGAGACUAAAGGAAGGUAAAAAGAAAUGCCCUGUUUGCCGCAAGAAAAUCAAGCUUGUGGUGAAAAACUUCUUCUAGUUGAUGUACAUCUCCUUCAAGACCUUUUAUCUCACUGGCAGAAUUUUUAUGUGCAUGUACUGUGCAUGUGUUGAAAUUCUGUACAGAGUUCCGUUUGUAUUCCAGGGCACAGUUGGUAAUGUAGGUCUAUUGUAUAGUUUGACUCAUGCUUAACUACAUGUAUACUUCCCUCUUAUUGGCACUCAACUCAAGACAACUGUUCUUUUCCCUUCUCAACUAAGAAUGUUAACACACCAUACACACAUUUUCCACUCAUGUGAAUUUUUCCACUUAUCAGAGAGUACUUCAUUUUAUUUUCCAACGGUAAUUUAAUUGCCGAAAUGUUUCAAACAACUACUACAUGUAACCUAAAAGGUUAUUUUCAAACGGGCAUUUUCUUUAAAUUGAAUUUGCAAACAAGCUAAGAUACAGCAUGGUAGUCAUGUCCAGAUGCCAAGGUUGAUGACAGGACCAUUUCUUGUGAACCCUUGUAUGUACAUAGGCUGGCUGGUUUGCCCUUUGGAUUUCCUUGUUGUGAGACACCUUGAAGGCAUUCCCCUUAGCCUGCUCUGCUAGGAUAGCAUCAUAAAGUCCACCAUCAUGGGUCCCUCCCGUAUGUUUGAUUUAGUAUCUCAUGUGACUUCAGAAAUAAGCAGAAGACAACACAAAAUAUUCCAAAACAGUAAAGGUAUGCUAAAAUGGUGCCAUACCUACAAAGUUGCUGAAGAAAGUAUAAAAUAUCAACAAAAUGACAAAUAAUGACUGCUUGUCAAAACUUGGUGGCUAUGGCAGCUUUGUGACCGGUGGGCAAGCGGAUAGAUGAUCAUCCAAGUCUGAGUGAGUUGUGGAGGGGGGGGGGGUGCAUCUCGUCUUUUAUGUUGGUUAGGAUGAACAUGUAGUGCUCAUGUUAUGUGGCUAAGGAAGUCACUUUACUCUCACUGUGCCUCUCUCCACCCUGGUAUUGCACAUCAAAGAGGCAGAUCUGAGUGUGUAUAUUUUUUGAAGUGAGGUAGAGAUCUUGUGAAUUCUGAUUUUGCUGGGACCAAGGGAACUGUCAGAAAUAUAGAGGUGUCUGUAUUAUGGAGAGGUUUGCCUGUCAUUGGAUACCAAAAACUGUUAGGGUAUCCUGACAAUUGCUUUGGGGGGGGGCGGUAACCUCAGUGUUGUGGACUGGCAGGGAAGUAGAUAUAGUCAUGAUCACUAUGGAAACAAAUGACAAGUGUUGGCCCUAUGAUUCCAUAAGGAUUUUCUGAAUAUCUAAAUAACUGAUAGGGUAUUCUAGUGAUCACUGGUUUAGUUUCAUAACUGACCUCCAUGUACAGUGGAUAAUUUAAUUGAGUAGUAAUAAUUUAAAAACAUUGAUCAGCAAGACAGGACAGCCAUGGGUAUUAAAUAAUAUUAUAUUAAGUAUUGCAUAAAAUUAUGUUUUUGAACAUUGAUGUAGUUUCCAUGUGGGAACACAUUACAUAAUCUUAUUGCUUUAUUUGUUUUUGAGAAUUUUGUUUAUCGUGAAUGACUGGCUUAAAUUAAGCAAAGUUUUUGUAAACGUUCUUGAAAACUUUCAAAUGGUAGAUAACUCAAUAUAAUUUUUUACCAUAGAUAUUUAAAAGUAUCAAUCUGAUCAGUAAGCUGUGUACGUAUGGUGUAUACCGGUAUACCGGUAUACAACACCUGACAAACAACCACACAGCGCUAGUUGUAUUUGGGAUAUUUUGGAGCAUACAUUUUUUGGAUUAAGAAACAUGAAAGGCAUCUAGCUUUUAUAGAAUUUGCAGCUGUAUAACAUUUUUAACUGAAGAAUUAUUUUUUAGUCAAAAUGUCAACAAUCAACAAGAGUAUUUUUAGUGUCUUUUUAUUUCUUUUGUUUUGUUUUGUUUCUUUGACCCAGUUUAAUCUGCUGGUUGAAACAUAGGUAAAAUUAUUAACUCACUGAUGUUGUAUUGGAUAUACGUAUAAGUGAGGCUCCAUCCAUGUUCCAGUAGAGAACAAAAUUAACUAAAUACUUUUUUACAGUACUUCACAAGUUUUGUUGGUUCACAGUGAAUCCCAUUAAUUGGAAUAAUAACUCCUUUGUCAAAUUGAGUCAAGAUAAAAUAGAAAGUUGAAAGUUCUUGUCUUGGAAUACAUCCUGAGAAACAAGAGACCAUCUCAAAGAAAAUGCUGUAUGCUGUAUUAGGGUAAUGUAGCUCGCAAAUUAAAACUUGUUGAAUUCAGGGGUAUGUCAAAAGCAAAUGCAUUAUCAAGCAUAGCGCACCUCGACAGAAAUAUAUGUGCUAAUUGCUACAUCAGACAUUUCAUGGAGUACAUAUCAACAUGAACGCAAACCUCUUUCGUUGUAAAUGGAGUUUUCAAGAAUUUGCUCUUUUUUAAGAGGCUCACAAGUAUUAUUUAUUAUAAGAUGUAAUUCAUUUUAUAGAUAUUAAUAGGUGUUACAUGUACAUAGUUUGGAUGAUAGCUUUGAGCAAUUUUUUCCUUUGAUUUCAUAUCACUCAUGAGAAUGCCUUUGUAAGGUUAAUUGUGUACACCGCGUUAUGGAAAUGUUUUUCAUUUUUGGGUUUCUUGUUUAUAUCAGCAAAUCUCGGAUUGCUACAUUUUGUUUUUAAAACUUAAUGCAUUAUGUAGCAAUUCAACAUUUGCUGCUCAGUUUGUGAAUCAAAUCUAUAGAAAUCAUGGUAAUAUUCAUCUAGAUGAUAGGACUUGGUAUGGUGCAACCUCAAACAUGCUCCGUUUAGUGAAGCAGAAUUCAGUUUCUCCGAAUAUUUGGUUGCACUGUAUGAAAAAGUUCUCAAGGACUUAAAGAAUAAAUUUACAGUGCAGUUCAACAUUAUGUGUACUGUAAAGUUCUUUUUUAAAUAGUUUGCAGGUAAUGCAUUUUAAUUGGUUUAGUUUCAAGUAGUACCAACGUGAGAUAUGAAAUAUAUUUUUAAGUGAUAGAUUCAUGAGGACAAAAUAUAUAUUUUGUUAUGUAUAGUGUAACACAAGCUAGUUGACAGAACUUUACUGUAAUGUAGAGAGUACAAAGUGUCAACUUGGCGUGGCUGAACUGUCUUGCUGAUAAACAUGAAUUAAUUUAUUAUCACUGUCUCUAAUGGAAUAAUAAGUUAAGGUAUGCAAAUUGACCUUUUUAGGUCCUAGUUCAAACUAUUUUCCUUAAGGCCGCCAUACAUGUUUUUUUUGUUAGCACAAUGUCCUGAUUUAACGCGAGUUAAAUGCUGCAAAAGUUUAAUUUUCGCGGAAUAAAUGAACACUUAUGCUUUGUCUAAUUUCAGUACGAUGAAAAGGUGAUUCCAAACUGAGAAUCGUUUUUGUUAGGUCUUUGACGUGUAAUGAACACAACCAAAAUUGUAGAUGUCAAAGGAACGAUUGGGCCGAAGAAAUUACCUCCUUGGUGAUUGAGCGAAAGCAGAAAGGCAAUAUAUUUUGUUUUGAUUGCCCUUGGCAUAGUCUACAGCUGACAGAUAUUAACAGGUCAACGUUAGAAUUUGAACGGAGUUUCAACUUAGGGUGCAAAACGUUUUAGAAAGGAUGUGUUCUGUAGAUGUAGGCUGUGUUGGUGAGAACGAAUUUUAGCUAUUUCCUGUUGUUUGUAGAACUCGCAGAGGCCUUGCUAGAACAAAAGCUCUCCCACAAAAGCCUUUUCAUUUGUGACGGUAUUAGAUGCAACCAGAGGAACGACAAGACAGUUUAGCAUUCCAACUAGUUACAUAACUUUGCAUUGCAAGGCCUCUGUAUUACAUGGACAGUUAGUUUCUACUUUUGCCUUUCUUUCUGGCAAGCAUUCCAGUGUUUUGAAUGUUCUUUACACGAAGAAUACAACAUUACAACCACCAUUGUUUUACAGGAAGCCGCAAGUAUUGUUUUGUUUGCUGUCAUUUCUGUCUAUUGUCAACAGCAUGAAAACCUUUUUGUCUUUGUGUUGGAGACAUUAAUAAACUUGAAGCGUGGUGGAACGUA